AUGCGAACAGAGGAGAAUUUAAUCCUCCUUCUCCUUACACCGCCUCUCUUCUUUUUUGACGAUUUCAUUUUCUUCUUCGCAGAACUUCGUCACGGUUUCAACAUCACAGUAUCGCAAUUUUAUUCUUUGAUGUCGAUUUCACUCACUCCAACAUCGAUUGUAUCUCAGCACCAACGUAUUUGUUCCGCUUCAUUUCAAUCUUUACUCUCCACACAAACAGAAGACGUAAAAAGAGUGAAAGAAGAAGGUUUACCUCCCGAAGAAAGUGUCUGGUACCUCUUCGAUGUCGGAGAGGAGCAACAAAAAUCUAGAGAACGUAUUCAGGUGAUUGAAGAUGCAGUUGAUGAGAUGUGUAGAAGACUCAGAGAUAUUUCAGAGAAUGCAGAGCGAGAAUUGAGAUUUAUUUUUGUUAGUUGUGCCAAAACUGUUGGGAAAUUAUGCAGGUUGCUGGUUUUUGGGUUGCUUCUUUUUGUCAUUUUCGAGACUGAUGCAGGGCGGUUGUUUGCUGUUGAUGAACAAGUCAUGAAGUUUAUGAAAUGGUGA